AUGUCUUCAUCUACCCAGAAUAAUAGCGCCUUGGAUGUCCAGCCCAAGGACGCGAAGCGUGCACUUGCGGAGGACGCAUAUGAUGACUGCCUAUCAUGCAGAGUUACUGGAUCCGCCGCAUUCAUCGGCCUCGGUGUUUACAGCUACUACUCGGGAUUGAAGAACCUCAAGAUGAAUGAAAAGGCAAUCAUGCAAGGAACAACCAAGUAUAAGAUGGGAUCUCGACAUCUCGGGCUCUUCACCAUCUCUGCGACACUAGUUGGGAUGGGAAUAUAUAGAGCCUUCAACUGA